AAUUUUAUUAAUAAUGUUUAUAAUUAUUAUAAUGUACCUUAAAUCGUUGUGCAAAUCAGUAUACAUAUAUACGUGUAAACAUGGCAAGUUUUGAAGAAGGAGGUGUAAGUGACAAAGAAAAUCCUCAGGAUUUUCAAGAAGAAGUUGAAAAUAAUGCUCGUAUUGACGAAGAACAAAAGGAGAAAUUAGUAAAAUUGCCGUUAGGUAGGAUAAAAACAAUUAUAAAGUUGGAUCCUGAAGUGACUAUGGUUAACCAAGAAGCUGUUUUCUUAGUUACGAAAUCUACGGAACUUUUUAUCGAUUCUCUUGUUAAAGAAUCAUAUAAAUAUACAGCACAAGUGAAAAAAAAGACAAUACAAAAGAGAGAUGUAGAAAGUGCAAUUAAUAAUGUUGAUGCUCUUGUAUUUUUAGAAGGAAUGUUAGAUUAAGAUUUAAUAAAUAUAUAUAAGUAUAUAAUGACAUUAUUUUUGUACGUUGUUAAUAAAAUUUCA